GAUAUAACUGGUACCGAUAUUCGUGGACGAAAUCUCGAUAGUUUUUUUUCGAAAUAGUUAAUUGCGGCAUGCAUAUAACAGCUUUGUAAAUGUUAACACGUUAUAAAACAAGUCAAACGGAGUGUUAUAAAACAAAUGUAAAAUGCAGAUCGUCACGUGAUGCGAGCAUUUUUGCUGAUUAUGCUCUCAGCUGAGUAUACGUAUCGAUAUGUGAAAAAUAUCGAUAUUCAAUUAACGAAAAUUCGUCAGCUUCGCUCAAUACAGAAUUAUUUUGACAGCUUGCUAUGAACUUUCCGAGAAUGAAAAGAUUUCUUGCAAAGCACAAUAUACUAGUUAGUACAAAAUGCAAAUCGAAGAAAAACGCAAACCGGUAUGUUUGAUAGUUCUCGGGAUGGCCGGCUCUGGAAAAACGACAUUCGUUCGAAAGCUCGCCCAAUAUAAACAUGCAGAGCACAAUCCAUAUCUUAUUAACCUGGAUCCGGCAUGUCGAGAGGUUCCUUACCCAGCGAACGUUGAUAUACGCGACACUAUCAACUAUAAGGAAGUUAUGAAACAGUACAAUCUCGGACCGAAUGGUGGAAUUGUUACGGCUCUGAACUUAUUCUCAACAAAGUUUGGCAAAGUGAUUGAAUUGGUCGAGCGCACUGAAGAUAAACAUAAGUUUUGUGUUAUUGAUACGCCUGGACAAAUUGAAGUGUUUACAUGGUCAGCUUCUGGGACAAUCAUCACUGAAGCAUUGGCCACAGCUUUUCCCACUAUUGUUGUAUACGUCAUGGAUAUUGUUCGUUCUACGAGCCCCACUACCUUUAUGUCGAACAUGCUAUAUGCUUGUUCUAUUCUUUACAAAGCCCGGUUACCAUUUAUAAUUGUGAUGAAUAAAAUUGACGUUCAGGAGUUUGGCUUUGCAAUCGAGUGGAUGCAAGAUUUCGAAGCAUUCCAAGAGGCUUUGGAAAGCGAAACGACUUAUGUGAGCAACCUGACGCGAACUAUGUCCUUAACAUUGGAUGAAUUCUAUCGAGAUCUGAAGGCUUGUGGGGUAUCAUCCAAAACAGGAAUUGGAUUUGGAAAAUUUUUUGAAUUGGUGGACGAAGCAGCGAAUGAAUACGCAAAUGAUUACAAAGUGGAGUACGAUAAGUUACGGAUAGAAAGGAGUUUGGAACAGAAACGGCAGGAAGAGGAACAGCUUAACAAAUUUUCUCAUCAAGAAAAAGGACAGGAAGUUUCGUUGAUCAGCGAAAUCAGCAGCGGGCGGGAACGAGCAGAGCUUUAUUUGAAGCAUCCCGGCAAUGAAAGUUCAGAGGACGAAGAAGGACAUGAAGAUGAAGCGGCGGCAAUUGGUCCAGGCGACGACGAAGUAGAAGAAGCCAACUUCACCUCGUUUGUACAAAAACAUAAAGAGCAGUAUGCAGAGAAAGUACGGAAACAAAAUGAAAAAUAA